UUGCAGCGGAACCGGAUGUUGCUCUUGCGAUAUGACGUCUAACGUCCGUGGAAACAGCGGAGUUUCUUUCUUUGUGUGAGAAAGUUUGUGUUGUGAUCCGUCAGAGCCUCUGUGUGUCCGGAUAAACGUGUCUGUAUGGACUUUGUGCUGUUCACCUUUUCUUUCUGCAUGUUUUACCUCUGACUCAUCUCCCGCAAGACCACAAACGAAUUCAAGUUAGCUAAGCUUGCUAGCUGGUUAGCACCGCUAGUCAGAGUGACUGUUUGGUGGAGAGCAAACUGUGUUUCUGACGGAGUUUGUGUGGAGAAAAAGUUGGUGUCACUGUGUGAAAAAUGUCUAAAGUCCAAACGGUGAGAGCGCUGGUGGAGCAGCGACUGACUGCGGCUGCUGAAGAGAUAUUUGGGCUGUUUGAAAGAACGAUAGCAGAGUACGAGGAGGACCUUUGUCGUUCAAGAGAGAAGAACGAGCGACAACAGAAACUACUGGACGCUGUUUUCAACCCUCAGAUUCACUUACACAGAGCAGACGUCCAGCAGCUGUCGGUGAGUGAAGAAGAGUUUCCCUCUGAGCAGCAGGAGAGGAGCUCCACUCUGGACCAGGACCAAGAGGACCCAGAGCCCCCACACAUUAAAGAGGAACGGGGGGGACAUCGGACCAGUCAGGAGGGAGAGCAGCUUCAGGGGCUCACAUUCACUCCUGUCCCUGUGAAGAGUGAAGAAGAUGAAGAGAAACCUCAGUCCUCACAUCUUCAUCAAACACAAACUGAACAGAUGGAAACAGGAGCUGAUGUAGAGGACUGUGGAGGACCAGAACCAGACAGUAACUCUGGUCCAGAUCCACAUUUACAACCUGAUUCUGACGACGAGCCUGCAGACUCUUCUGAACCUGAGACUGAUGACAGUGCUGAUUGGAAGGACACCAGAGAACCUCAGUCAGGUUUGAAGUGUUUGAAAAAAGAUGGUGGUCCUGCCAGAGAUUCCAGAUAUAGUGCUUGUGAGAAACGACUUAGCUGCUCUGAGUGUGGGAAAAGAUAUGGCUACAAGCAUGAUCUGAAGAGACACAUGGUUUCUCAUACAGGAGAGAAACCUUUCAGCUGCUCAGUUUGUCGGAAAUCUUUUACAUGGAGUGGAACUUUAAAGUCACACAUGAGACUCCACACAGGAGAAAGACCUUUCAGCUGCUCAGUUUGUAACAAAACUUUUAGACAGAGUGCACAUUUGAAUUCACACAUGAGACUACACACAGGAGAGAGACCUUUCAACUGCUCAGUUUGUAAGAAAACUUUUUCACAAGGUGGGUAUUUACAGAAACACAUGAGACUCCACACAGGAGAGAGACCUUUCAGCUGCUCAGUUUGUAAGAAAACUUUUACACGGAGUGGAACUUUAAAGUCACACAUGAGACUCCACACAGGAGAAAGACCUUUCAGCUGCUCAGUUUGUAACAAAACUUUUAGACAGAGUGCACAUUUGAAUUCACACAUGAGACUACACACAGGAGAGAGACCUUUCAGCUGCUCAGUUUGUAAGAAAACUUUUUCACAAGGUGGGUAUUUACAGAAACACAUGAGACUCCACACAGGAGAGAGACCUUUCAGCUGCUCAGUUUGAGAAAUCUUUUACACAGAGUGGAACUUUAAAGUCACACAUGAGACUACACAUGUAAUACACAAAGUGGGUAUUUAAAGAAACACAUGAAAAUCCACACAGGAGAGAAACCUUUCAUAAAUGCGCUGGCCGCUCGUCCUCAAAGUAUCAUCAAACUGAGGAGAACAAAGAGGCAGAGCCUGCAUUCAGCAGCCCACAUGAAGAGAUGCAAACCUCUUUUUCAAUCUUUUCAAAGGACUCGAGAAAGAUUUUCAGGUCUUUUUUAAAUGCUACAAAGCUUGUAGUAUUUUUUAUGUAUAUCUAUUCUGUGUUUAUGGAUUUUACCUACAAUAUAAUUAAACAAUACUUUAUUUUCCAUGAUGUGAUAUGAUAUUCAUUUCCUCUGUUUAUUUUUUGUUUUGUUUUCCAAAACACAAGUUCACAAACUGAUAUUUUAAUUUAAUAUUUGAUUGUAGAAGUGUAACAAUUACAACUUUAUUUGUUUCUAACAGCAAAACAAAAUAAAAACAUUCUUGGUUUAC